CAGGUUGUGAAAUCCGAACACUGAGACUUGCCGCCGCCCGCCGCCAUUAGAGGCCGCAUCAGCCACCGCGGCCGCGAAAUCGACUUCCAGCAGGCGCAGCGCGAAAGACGAGCCCGCCUCAGCCUCUGAGGAAUCGGGCGACGAGCAGGUAAAGCCCAUGCCCUCGCGUUUACCUGAACCGCCGCCACCACGGGUCGCUGGCGGCGCGAGGGGUUCCUACUGCCGCGGCUGCGCAGAAGAAGGCUCGCAGGGAGAGCAGGAAGAGGUCCGGUUCGACGCCGUGCAGGCCCAUGGAGAUGAGCACGAAUGUGCGGCCGCCGAAGCUUAGGGAGGUGAUCCAGGUUCCCAAGAAGGCCAAAGACCGCUUCCCUUGCAUCGACGCGGAUCGGCGAGGCCCUUGCCGGAAGCGCCCUCUGGACACGGUGGACCCAGAUCCUUACAUCCACUGGACUGACCUCAAGAUGGGCCGGACCCACACCUCGCGCCCCGGUAACUUCUCGUCUGAAGCUCCCGGUUCCAGCGACGAUCUCACUGUGCUUGAGGCCGAGGUCGGCCCCGAGUUCCUGGAUAAGCUCGUUCCCCAGGGCAAGAAGAACAAGGCCCCGGCACCUGAUGCCAGCUCAAGCCAAGCUCCUCCCACGAAACGCUUCCGGACGGAAGUCUUUGGGGGGAAAGAAGCAGGCAGGAGGCGCUACAAGGGGAAAACGAUGCCGGUCUCUUCUGGUUUUAGGAAAAUAUACAAUUUCUUAUUUGAUCAGGAACUCCCCGCAGAAAAAGAGGUAUAUUCUAUACCUCUGUCUGUCCACUGCCGUCUCAUGAGUCAUCGUAGAGGAUCAGCAGUUGAUCGAGGUCUAAUCCUCAGAAAAACGUUCAAUCAGAAAUUCUGCGUGGACACAUUAAGAAAGAGAGGGAAGCAGCGAAGGCCAGAAAACGGCCAUGUUAUCUGAAGAAAUCUGAAAUUCGUCGAAGGAAGUUGAUGGAUAAGUACAAUGAGCUCAAGGAGAUGGAAAGCUUGAUGCUUUUAUGGAGAAGCGAAGGAAGAAGAAUGCCUCCAAAGAUAAUCGUUACAUGUCAUACCAAACGGACGGGGGUGGUGUAUUUCUAUCAUUUUGUCGCUGUCCUAAUGUCCGAGAUGUUCACCAGCAACCAGGAGUAGGAGUUACCCAUAGACCAAAAUUUAUAGCCGAGCUCUGGUUGUUGGUAGGGACAAGGGCAGAACUUCAUUAUCUCUCAGUUGGGUAUUCCUGAACUAUACUCGUUCUUGGAGCUGACCUGAUCAUUCCACCGAAAGUAAAGAGUGAUCUCAUUUCAUCUGGAGGCAUCUACUGUAGAACACUUGGUAAUGGCCCUGACAAUUUGCCACCAGGACGCCCGUUGCAGAUUGUUCCAACACAUGGAAACAGAUAAGCUUUAACCCUUUUGAUUUUAAUUAGUCUAUCCGGCCUAGAUGCAGCAAAACUGACAGGGACAGUUCAGAUAGACACACCAAUGAGUAA